AUGGCUCGCAACCAGCAGCUGAGGGUGCUGCAGGCACUAGACGUGGCGAGGACACAACUGUACCACUUCAUGGCGAUCGUGAUCGCCGGCAUGGGCUUCUUCACCGACGCCUAUGACCUCUUCACCAUCUCUCUUGUCGCCGACCUCAUAGUUCACAGGUACUACCCCGAUGGCCGAACAGGAAACUACAUCUCCGUCCUCAUCAACGCGGUCUCCCUCUCUGGCACUAUCCCUGGGCAGCUCCUCUUCGGCUGGCUCGGCGACAAAAUGGGCCGGAAGCGCAUCUAUGGCGUUACUCUGCUCCUCAUGGUUUUCUGCUCCCUCGCCUCCGGCUUCACCUUUGGCAAGAGCACCUACAAAAGCGUAGUGGUCACGCUUUGCUUCUUCCGAUUCUGGCUCGGCGUAAGCAUCGGCGGCGACUACCCGCUCUCGGCCACCAUCAUGUCCGAGUAUGCUAACAAGAGGACCCGUGGUGCCUUCAUGGCCGCUGUUUUUGCCAUGCAAGGUUUUGGAAACGUUGCGGCGGGGCUAGUUGGCAUGAUCACAUCAAAAGCCUUUGAUAAUUCAUCGCCAGACAAUAUAGAUUAUGUCUGGCGUAUUGUUCUCAUGUUUGGUGCCGUUCCUGCACUACUCACUUACUACUGGCGCACGAAGAUGCCGGAGACGGCACGGUACACCGCCCUUAUAGCCAAGGACGCAAAGAUGGCCGCGUCAGAUAUGUCCGCCGUGCUCAACAUGCACAUCCCCCCGGAAGAAGAAGACGGCAUCAAUCUCACAAGCGAGGACCAGUAUGGCCUCUUCUCCUCGGACUUUCUCCACCGCCACGGGCUGCACCUCCUCGGUACCACCGUCUGCUGGUUCGUCCUUGACGUCACCUUCUACUCCCUCAACAUGUUUAUGAAGGACAUCUUUACUACAGUCGGGCUGCUUGACGGUCAUCAUGACCAAGUCUGUAAGGUUAAUGCUUGUCAAAUGGCUAGGCCACCUGUGACGCCAGGGUAUCGUAAAUCUGUCAAUCUGUUCAAACGAACGAGUGACAUCACAGGACUGCACACGGCCAUCGCAGCGGGGUGUACAUUGCCGGGGUACUUCUUCGCGGUCGCCUUCAUUGACCGCAUAGGACGCAUAAAGAUACAAUUGCUCGGCUUCACCAUGAUGACGGCCUUUCAACUCUGUCUUGCAAUCCCUUAUGAUAAAUGGCUAGAAUGCAACAACAACAAAUAUGGAUUCGCCGUCUUGUAUGGCUUCAUCUUCUUCUUCGCAAACUUUGGGCCAAACACUACGACUUUCAUCGUCCCAGCGGAACUCUUCCCGGCAAGGUUGCGCUCCACAUGCCAUGGUAUAUCGGGGGCAGUCGGGAAGAUCGGCGCCGUUCUUGGUGUGUGUGCCUUCUCAUUCUUGAGCUGCAAUUUCAGGGUCUUGUUGUUUCUCCUUGUUGGUUGCAAUCUAGUUGGCAUUGUCUUCACUCUAUUAUUACCGGAAACCAAGGGGAAAUCUCUUGAGGAGAUUACUGGGGAGACAGAAGAAGGUCAGACGCUGGAUGAUGAAGCUACAGUGGUCAAUGCAGACGACGGCAUACACGUUGUGCCUGUUUAA